GCAAAUAAAAUUGUUCGCCAACUUUGGCCGGAUUGCUAAACUAAACAUAAAUUAAACAUACAAUUAAUUUAACAUUUAACUCCAAGACUGUCACACAGACAGCUUAGGAAGCUUAAUACACAAAAGUGGUGCGUUUAUAAAGGUGUUUAAAAGCAAAGUAUGACCGAUAAUCAGCCAGCGCCAACGCAAAAGGAAUCCACAUUAAACUGCGAGUGCCCACCACCACCGCCGGCGGUGGCAUCGUCAGCAUCUGUACCCGGCUGCCCAACUAAUGUUGUGACCAUACCCGUGCCCAUUCUGCAAUCGGAGGGCAAUUUCGCUUACGUCACCGUCAAGGGUUCACUGCACGAUUACACUUGCACCGUGUUUGGCCUUAAUCAGGCCGAGAUACAAGCCCUCUCCAAUCGUCUGUCGGUUAAGCCCUGCGUCAAUGGUGUCCUGAUCGCUGUGCCGCCCAUGGUUAUGCUGAAUACGCUGGCACAGCUCAGCUAUAAGGUUGUAUGCAGUUGCGGCGAGGCCGAAAUCUGUUGGACUAUGCAGCGCGAGGUUUAG